AUGGCUAGAGCGACGCGACCGCGUGUCCGCCGAUCCCAUAUCCUGGGUGGAUGCACCACUUGCAGGCGCCGACACGUCAAAUGCGAUCAGACACGGCCCGCUUGCCGAACUUGUCGGGAUGUCGGGAUCAAAUGUGAAGGGUUCUCCGACCGCAUUCAUUGGAUGCAUGGUGAUGGCAGUGAGGAGGCGGAAGAUGGGCCUCGCGCAGCUCGUCGGCAUCUCUACACAGAACAAUCGCGCCUCUCUAUGAGCACUGCUCUUAAAGCAGAUCUACUCUCGGGUUCAAUUGAUGCGUCGUUAUCAGAAAUUGACUUGAGAUCGCGAGACGCCGACAAUGCGACAAAAGAUGAUGUGGUUAUCGGUCCAUUUGGAGUAUUGAAAUUUACAUCAGCUGCAGAGCCACAAGUUGAAGCGGGUGAGGUGGUGAAAAGAGCUGAAACAUACGAAGAUAAUACUAUUCCAAGUGAUACCGCCACUAGUGCUGAUUCAACUGCUGCCGUCAUUCCGGAUGUCCUGCAAGAUACCAGCCCUGUUUCUAUUUUUGACUCCUUAUCGCAGAUGGACGAUUUUCUUCAUUGGUCUGAUCUUCUGAGCUUUGACCUUGGACAGUCGAGAUCAAUAACCCAUCCUACUUUAAGCAUGCCUAAUGGCAUAUCAUUUGACCUCGACGAAGACGCAGGCCUGCUACCACUUGCUUCGAAUAUUACCGAUGAUCCGAUCCAAGCUUCGAAUCAAGAUCAGAUACCCAUGGAGAUACAUUCAGCCGGGAUUGAUCUUCUCCAGCAUGCACAGUUUCUCUUGAAACAUUUUCAAGAUGUAGUUAUUCCCCAAAUAAUGGCAAUUCCGGGUGGGAUGAAAUCACCAUGGAAGAUAUUAAACCUACCAGCUGCAGUGGUCGCUUUUGGGGACUCGACCUUCCUUGGAACGAAUGGGGUCAGUCAUGCGCGGCUUGCGAAUCUUUACGGACUGCUUGCUUGUUCUGCACUUGAUCUCGCGUUGAAGCCUCAUCAAGAAAUGAUGGAAUCUAAUGACCAUUGGCCUAGUGUUGUGAACCAGUUGUAUCAAAAUGCCAAGGAUCAUAUGCAGAUCUCCUUACAGCAUGAAACUCAAGGGCCUAAAAAGGCCAAAUACAAAGAUCAGCUGAUGGCUGCAAAUAUUUUAACACAAUAUGCUAUUUUAUCAGGGCAGCAAGAACAUGCACGCUACUAUCUUAUUGACGCAGAGCGUCUGCUGCGCCUACGAGGUCUUUCUAAAAGUCGAAUUUCCAAGAAAGCUCGACUUUUACAUCACGUCUAUACUUGGCUACGUAUUCUUGGCGAAAGCACAUUCGUUUUACACGAUUAUGGACUUUCUUAUUCGUGUCUUGAGAACCUCGGGUCCUCAGGUCGAGCUCCAAUAGCCAAUACAAUAACAACAACAACAACUUCAAACACAACGACAGCAAACGAGGCUAAUCCUCGGCUUGACGAUUUUCUCCGCCUGGAAAACCAGAGUUCCGAUAACGAUCUAAAUAUUGACGAGCCCAAAGACACCGCAACUGGAUACAAUGACAUUCAUCUCCACGACUCACGCAGUUUCUCCGAACACCUCUAUAAACAAAUUUAUGGAAUCCCAGAGACAUGGCUCAGUCUACUAUCACAAACCACUAGAUUGGCAAAUGUUUUGGAAGCCUUCCGCGUCGCAAGAAGCUCAGGAAGAAUCGUGAGCAUGGAUGCCUGGGAAAAGCUUCAACGCCGAAGCAUGCGCUUAGAGAACAUGAUUUGCUCUCUGCACCUUCGAGGCGCAAGGGGCCGUGCCGCAGAGCCUUUACCUACCUCAAGACCUCAGGCAUGUAUGCUAGAGGCAUUGAACGAGGCCCUCAUGGUAUUCUUCUAUCGUCGCAUCCGUGAGGUCCACCCUGCCGUGCUCCAGGGCCAUGUUGAUAAUGUGAUUAACGCGCUUGAGUGUGGUAGCUCACUCUCAGAUGAUGAUCAAAUGGGCCCUGGAACCGCUUGGCCUGUAUUUAUUGCUGGAUCGGAAGCUCUUACCUCGCCGAGGCGAGAAGCUAUCAUGCAGUGGUUGAAUAAUGCGAGCUCUAAGUGUGGGUUCACAAAUUUUGCGAUUGCAAGAGACCUCUUGAUGAAAGUGUGGUAUAAGCAAGAUGAGCAUUUAGUCACGAACAAAGCUGAUCCAAUUUUAUCCUGGAUUGAAGUUGCGAAAGAGGAGCGCAUAUGGCCUUUAUUUUGUUGA